AUGCAUAGAGACACAGACAAACAUCAGUGGCAGAUAAAGAGAUUAAAGAUAAUGCUUUAUGAGUUUUAUGAGGAGAAUAUGCGGCAACAGCUGCCACAGCAACAGCUGCCACAGCAACAGCUAUCGCAGCAACAGCUGUCGCAGCAACAGCUAUCGCAGCAACAGCUAUCGCAGCAACAGCCACCACAGCAACAGCUAUCGCAGCAACAGCUGUCGCAGCAACAGCUGCCACAGCAACAGCUGCCACAGCAACAGCUAUCGCAGCAACAGCUGUCGCAGCAACAGCGAUCGCAGCAAGAGCCACCACAGCAACAGCUAUCGCAGCAACAGCUGUCGCAGCAACAGCUGGCACAGCAACAGCUGCCACAGCAACAGCUAUCGCAGCAACAACUAUCGCAGCAAAAGCCGCCACAGCAACAGCUAUCGCAGCAACAGCUGUCGCAGCAACAGCCGCCACAACUACAUCACAACAACAGCCAUCACAACUAG